CGGACCCUGACAGUUUACGCGGAGGAGUUAAACCGAAGACAAGUGGAAUUUAAGGGGGCGUUUGCACAUCACAACCAAGGACGGACUGAUAUCGUUUUUGUUUUCCGUCACAUUUUGAUUUUAAUCGUAGCACUGUAGGUGCACAGGCGGUCCUACAACUAUUUUUGUCAAUUGAAAGCCGACUGUUAAGCGGUUAUUCAACCGCGUGAAGCUGUCAUCGGGUGGAUAAAUCGUACACAGUCGCACGGGUCGUUCAAAUGUUUGGGAAAUGUCCAUUUCAACAGAAUGCAUUUUGCUGGAAGUAACGGCGUCAGCCGGCGGUAUCCCGAAGAUGCAACAGUGCCUCGCAACGGUGCCUGGGCUUGUUCCCCUGUCAGUUUUGUCCUUGCGAGUAUCGGCGUUGGUCUUGCCGCGGCAAUAUCGUUCCAGUUUGCCUGCGGAGACCUCACUAUAACAUCUUUGUUUCUCAAGCUGUUCAUGUACGUUUCUUUCGUUGUGAUGUGUCUUUCGCUGGGAAGCUAUGGUUUCCUUUCCAGAAAAAGUCCACUUAAACUCUGCAGUUUUGACACCUCUAAGAGGUCUUCACAUCUGCUGAACCUGUUUAACGAAAUAAUUACGUGCGAGGGUCCAGGGCCCGUCCAGGAACCGGGACAGCUGAAAAGAGCGGUGGUUUCACACGGCGUGGACAAGGCGAUGAAGGAAGUCUUUGACUACGGCUACAGGGACUACGUCCUGUCCUGGUACUCCUCUCUGAGCCAGGAUGAGGGGCGGCUCCACCAGAUGCUGCUGGAGGACUUCUGGGAGCUUCUGAAACAGCUGCGGGGUCGUGUGGCGGAGGUGGACACGGUGAAAGUCGUCUGCAGCGACGUGGUGAAGAGACUGCACGUCCACUUCUGUGACCUCAGAGCCGCCAACGGCAGGCUGGAGGAAGAUCCCAGACCAUUUCUCCUUCACCCAUGUCUUCGUUCUCCUCAGGCUGAACUGGCUUUUCUGCGUUGCUGUGGUCGCCUGAUGCUGUUGUAUGUGCUACCCGCUCGUGAUGUCCGCUCACACAGCCUACGACUGGUGCUGUCUGAGGUCAUCGCCAUCAAAGUGCUGAAACCCCUGGUAGACCUGCUCAGUGACCCAGACUACAUUAACCGUACUCUGCUGACCUGGCUGGAGCAGAGGGAACAGUUACUGGAGCGUCACAGGAAAGCCUACACUUACGCCCCAUCUUAUGAAGAGUUCAUCAAACUCAUCAGCUCCAGCUCUGAUGUCGAAUUCCUCCAGCAGCUCAGGUACCAGAUUGUCAUGGAGAUUAUUCAGGCAACCACAAUCAGCAAUUUGCCAAACAUGAAGAAGAGCAAAGGCAGAGACAAAGCCAUGAAGACAGACCUGCUGAGGGCGCGGAACAUGAAGCGCUACGUUAACCAGCUGACGGUGGCGAAGAGGCAGUGUGAGAAGAGGAUCUGGCUUUUGGGAGGCCCCUGUUACGAACAGCAAGAGGACGGGGCCGGGGACGAGGCCGAGGGGUCGCGUGGCCCACGGAUCUUACAGUUUGAGGAAAUCAUGGCCAACCCGGCGCUCCGAGGAUAUUUCCGGGUCUACAUGGAACGAGUGGACAAGAGAGCCCUCAUCUGCUUCUGGGAACAGGCGGAAACCCUAAAGAAUGCCAGUAAAUGUGAGGUUCCUCAGCUGGUUGGGGAGAUCUACCAGAACUUUUUUGUGGAGAGUAGGGAGAUCCCGGUGGAGAAGGCCUUGAUGAAGGAGAUCCAGCAGACGCUGGUUGGGAACAAGGGCACGGAGGUGUUCCGCCGUCUCCAGGGCGAGGUGUACGAGAGCAUGAAGGAGCGGUACUACCCCUCUUUCCUCGUCAGUGACCUUUACGAGGGUCUGAUCAAGCGUGAGCAGAACAGCACGCAGCCUGACCCCAACGACAAGGAGAGCCCGACAGAGGAGGGCACCCAGGAGGUUCUUCUGGACGACGGUGGCCAGGGCAUCAAUGAACAGGCCAGUUACGCUGCCAGCCGUCUGAGCCAGCUCCACGAGCGACUGGAGUAUAAACGCCAAGCCCUGGGCUCCAUCCAGAACUCUCCUAAACCUGACAAAAAGAUUGUGUGUCAGCUGAGGGAGGAGAUUGGGAGCAUGGAGAGAGAACACACAGACCUUCAGCAGCACAUCUCUCGCACAGACUACUGGUGUGAGAACCUGGGCCUAUGGACAGCAGCCGUCACCAGCGGAGAGGCGGUGGAGGAGAAUGGAGAACUGACGGCGUGUUACUGCGUGUGUGUGAGUCUCCCGGACAAAGACAACGCCACACACAGCCGCUGGGCUGUGACACGUAAACUCAGCGAGUUUCAGGCAUUACAUAAAAAACUGCUGGAGUGUUUUCCAACCCUAAAAAAGGUCACACUUCCUUCAGUCAGUAAACUUCCUUUUAAAUCCAUAGACCAAAAAUUUUUGGAAAAAUCCCGAUGUCAGCUCAAUAGUUUCCUCCAGCGCAUGCUGGCGGACGAGCGUCUGUGUCAGAGCGAGGCUCUGUAUGCCUUUCUCAGCCCCGCCCCAGAGCAUCUGAAGAUGAUGGAUGUUCAGAAGAAACCCUCAUUCAGCCUCACAGCCUUCCUCGACAAACUGCCCAAAGACCUGUUUCCCUCACACCAGGAGGAGGAGGGUGAUGAGGACAGUGAUGUGUCUGAUUACGGUGAUGAGACAGACGGGAAGAGAGACGCCCUGGCUGAGCCCCUCUUCAUGCUGAUUGGAGAAAUCUUUGAGCUCAAAGGCAUGUUUAAAUGGGUGAGGAGGACUCUGAUUGCUCUGGUUCAGGUCACGUAUGGACGCACAAUAAACAAACAGAUCCGAGACACUGUGGGCUGGAUCUGCAGUGAGCCCAUGCUGCUUUACUAUAUCUCCGUUGUCAAGGACACGCUCUGGCCCGAUGGCAAACUGGCCUCCCUGACCAAUCAGCGCUCGGAGGCGGAGCGUCGCGCGACCAGAGAACGCGCGCAGAAAAAAUUACUGGACAGCGUCCCAGAUGUGCUCCAGAGCCUGGUGGGCCAGCAGAACGCUCGUCACGGCGUCAUUAAGGUCUUUAACGCUCUUCAGGAGACCAGGGCUAAUAAGCACCUCCUCUACGUUCUUCUGGAGCUGUGUCUGAGGGAGAUGUGUCCUGAGCUGACUGCAGAAAUGGCUCAGGUGUGACAUCCUGUUCAAUGAUUGACAGAAGACAGAGGGUGUUCUAUCAGACACGUUCACGUUCGUGUGUUCUCAUUAUGGCUUUACUCUCCCUCUCCUUUAUACUCUCUCACGUACA